AUGUCCCACGUCCCACCAACCGAGUCCAAUCUCAAUCCAGAAGAACCGAAAGCACCAGCCCCUGCACCUCAGUUCCAGCAAUUCCAAUCUCAAUCCAAAUUACUACCAAUUUCCACCUCAAGGUUACUACCAAUUUCCACUACAAGGCUUCCCGAACUACCCUCCUCAGCUUAUGCCUUACUUCCCCAACCCUUGGAUGUUCCAGCAAGCUCCACCCCAGCAAUUCCAAUCUCAAUCCAAAUCGAAGAGAGACCAAGAGUUCGAAGAAGGUCUGAACCGCUUACGCAAAGAGUAUGCUACAGCUCCAAUUGA